AUGGAUCAAUUUCUUGUUACAUCUUCUAAUCCAUCAUUACGUCACAUUAGUAAAAUCCAACGUGCAUAUAAAAUUGUAUUGAUUACUAGCAUUAUUUGGGUUCUUCAUUCACUUGUUAGUUAUUUUAAUGUGGGUAUUUCACUAUUUACUGGUGUAUGUAUUCCCAAUAGUCCUGGAUCUUCUCUUUAUGCUGCAUUAUUUUUCAUUUUUAUUAUUAGUGUAAUUUCAAUAACAAUAACAAUGAUAUUUGGAUAUUUAACUUAUCGUAAUAUUUGUUAA